CUGCCCGUGAACCGGACACCAGACUGAGACGUUCAUUCAGCGAGUCGUCCCAAACGGCCCCGCUCUUCUCUUCGGGCUUCAUCGCUACGAUCAACGACAGCAGGCCUUCUGGUGGAGCUACAGCCACCAGCAGCGGCGUUAACAGAGGCGCGCACUUUGGGUACGGGGUGACAGAAGAGGUCAAAGUUCUCCCCAAGGGACCCAGGAGGCCAAUUCGGGCGGUGAGGCCGGUCAGCGCCGUCGGCUCCGGCGGAUCCUUCCUACAGAUUAAUCACCUGCAGGGGGAACUGGUUCGGAAGAGGAAGGAAUGCGAGGACCUGAAGAGGGAAAACAAGUUCCUGUCAAACGAGAUCCACAUGGAGCGGAUCAUGAUGCGCACGGAGAGCGAGCUGACGAUGAGGAACCUCCGCAACAUGAACCAGGAGCUGCAGGUACAAGUGAAGGAGCUGAAGCAGAAGUUGCAUCACAGCCAGCAGAGGGCGACAUUUUGCUCCCGAGUGGUAGAGGAGGCGCAGGAGUCCCGGGGCGAGGCAGAGAGGAGCAGGGCCUCCGCUGAGGCUCGGGCCCUCGGUUGUCAGCGCGACAAGGAGACGGCUGAGGCGGACCAGAGGCGGCUGAGCGAAGAGCUGCAGCUGCUCAAGAAGCAGCUCGCCGAUCUGCAGCUCACAUUGGCGCAAACGGAGAAGAACUACUUUGAGGCCAAGCUGAAGCUGGAGCGGCUUUCUGGGGAGAAACAGAGUCUGCUGCAGGAGAACAAGAGCCUGGGGGCAGAGAGGGAUGAGCUGCGACUCAAGCUGAGGCAAAUCACACAGGAGAACGUCCAGAUUAAAGAAAGUGAGAUGACUUUGAGGCGUAAAGCGACGGCGGCGGAGGAGGAGAGGCAAAGAGCCAACCAGGCUCAGCGAGAGGCCGAGGAYGAGAGGCGUCAGGCCAACAAAGAGAGGCAGGAGAAAACGGCGGAGUGCCUCAGCUGGAGGGAGAAGCACCACGAGUUAGCUAACAUCCUCCAAGCUCACGAGGACCUGAAAGCUCAGAGGCGCAGCAAAGCUUGUCAGGCCAACAUCAAGAGCUACUUCCUGUGUAUGACUGAGAGCAAUCAGCGGGUAAAAAUCCUGAAAAAUCCAGAUGGAACGCCAAGGAAUUUCACAGAAGGAGAUCCUGUAUAUAUCAGCACACCGGACGACGGAUCUGAAGAGCCUGAGAGAAGUUCAUCCAGGACCAUGCUGAGGGUCUCGGCCCCACACACAGGGAAGGACCUGGGCCCCAGUCACUUCGAUGAACUGCCCGCCUUCGACGGGGAGCGCCCCGGCUCGGCUCCCUCACGCCGGGGCAGGAAGGUGGUGGAGUACUUCUGGAUCCCUACAGACCAGGAAUGAAGAACAGCUCUAUUCCAGGGGACCAUCUGUGUUUCAGCCCAAUAUGUGAGCUGUUUCACUAUGGAGAGCCAUUUCAUUCAAAAGUAAAUGAAUACUGUUAGUAAAUAGUCCAUUAAAUAAAUUUCUUAUUUUGGAAGUU